GUACCUGUUCUCUCAGUUCAUGAUUAACCCUAACCAUAACUAGUCUGUAAGCCGUCUCAAAGCUGGAUAAUAUCUGCUGAUAAAGCCUUUGACCUUGAGCGUCUCAGCCAAUCGCAGCGGCGCACAUGCGUCCGUCAGCCUCCAUCCUUUAUUCUUCAUUCACUGCUGGAGAUUCAGAGGAAGGGAAAGACACGAUCGUCCAACACUAUGAUUUCUCCGGACGGAUGACGCCUGACCCUCAUCACGGCCUGUGAACAGACUCUCAUCCGGAUGUUAUGGAUAAGAGCGUGAUGCCCAGACCGCAUGAGCCUCCUCUGCUGCCCCCCUCUGGAGAGGAGGAAGUUUUCUUCAAGAAUUACAUCCCACCUGCUCGAGACGCCAUCCAUCUGCCCAUCCACAUCUUCUACAUCAUCCUCGCCUCCAUCAUCAUAGUGACGACGCUCUACGCCAUCAUCGGGCACCUCAUCAAAGACCUGAUACACGACUUAGCCGACUAUUUGUUCGGCCAGCAGCCGGAGGAGGUGCCGAUCAACCUGUGCGAGACCAAAGACAAAUUCAUGGCCGACUGGUGUCCGGAGACCAGCCCGGAGCUGGAGGAGAUGGCCCGCGCCGAGGAGAUCCGGGUGGUGAUGGAGGGCGCCAGGUACACCCCGGCCAUAUGGAUCAUCUCCGACGGGAUCGAGCCCAGAGCGCCACGCAGCAGCCCGCGGGUCGCAUUUGGCAAGAACGUAUAGGGUGCAGCUUCUACAGGACGACAGGAUGAGGACACUUAUGAGAAGCAGAAACUGAGAGUUGAGCAGAAAUCAGACUCACAGACAGGAGAACUGCAGCACUGACACACCCUCAUCCAUCACCUGAGCACAAACAGCAAUAUAUUUCAACACAGGUGACUAAUGUUCGGGUUUACAGUGACUGUGCAUCAGUUGUGCUGCUGGUCUCUGCUGGUACUCCAACUUCCCAGAUUCAUUUGCUCUAAAACAGUGGCUUUCAGUCCUCAUCCUGGAGACCCUCCGUUAGUUUGUUUGGGCCAAAAAUGAGCCCUAAGCUAAUGAGCUGAUGAUCUGAAUCAGGUGUUUUAAAAAGGAAGACAUGCAAUUCGGGUCCCCAUCAGCAGAACUGAAAAACACAGCUCUCUGAGUCUCAAACUGAGAUGUGAAGAGCGCCAUCUGGUGGAAACACAGCACGACUCCAGCAAUCUGCACGAUUUAAAGAAGUCCACUUCCAAAACAAAGAUUCACAUAUAAUGUAGUCACCCCCUUGUCAUCCAAGAUGUUCAUGUCUUUCUUUCUUCCAUCGUGAAGAGAUUAUGUUUUUUGAGAAAAACAUUUCAGGAUUUUUCUCCAUAUAAUGGACUGAUGUGGUGCCCCGAUUUUGAACUUCCAAAAUACAGUUUAAAUGCAGCUUCAAACGAUCACAAAUGCGGUUGUAAACGAUCCCAGACGAGGAAGAAGGGUCUUAUCUAG